AUGGAUUUUAUUAGACUCUUGGGCGCCGUGAUUGCCGUUAUUCUCUCCCAACUUGGAUCUGGCUCCAAAAGUAAUGCUCAGAGAAUCUGCCGGCGUGGGACUGAGCUUCCCUGCUACAGAGUUUGCUACAUCCAGGACUGGAGAAGGAGGCUGAGCUUUGCAGAUGCCAGUCGGGCCUGUCAGUCUGAUGGAGGGGAGCUGCUGAGCAUUGAGACAGAAGGAGAGCAGCGGCUCAUAGAGAGAUUCAUCACAGAGCUGCAGGUGGGGGAUGGAGACUUUUGGAUAGGACUGAGGCGAAGCCUACAGCGUUUCCGGGCACAAACCACUUCCACAGUCUGCCCCUCCCAGUACUACUGGCUCGAUGGCAGCAAAGCCAAGUUCAGGAACUGGCAUUGGGAUGAGCCCUCAUGUGGCACAGAAAUGUGUGUGGCUCUGUACCACCAGCCCUCAGCACCUCCUGACGAGGAGGGACAUUAUCUGUUCCAAUGGAAUGACGACAACUGCAACUCCAAGAACAACUAUGUCUGCAAAUACACUGAAAAAAAAGCCUUGACAACUUCAAAACGAAAUACAGUGGCACCAACCUCAAAGUCAAAGAUUGUAUCCACAACAGAUUCUGUGGAUAAACUGCAUACUAGAUUACCAGAGUCAUCAGUAUCUCUUUCAGACAAUAUCUUAUUCUUUCUUUAUGCCACUAUUCCGGCUCUACUGCUGCUGCUGCUGCUGGUCAGCACAGCAGGCUUUUUCUGCUACAGACAUCAUCUCAACAGACAAAAGACUGAACUGGAAACUGGGCAACAUCAGCAGUGGACUACGGCUGAUUCACCUUGCCCAGUACAAGGACCGUAUGCUCUGAGUGACGUCACCAAACUCCCUCCCACUGCUUUGGACUGCAGCCUGACAGCGAGACCCUCGUGCGGACCACCCUUUACCUUUCAGUUCGGGGACCACCCAGAGCAACAACAACUGCUGGGAUACAUUCUAGAUGAUAAGCAUCCAGAAAAUGAAAUAAUAAUCAAAGACUGCAACACUUGCCUGACGAGGGGAAAUUUCCAGACUUUGGGGCUUCGAAAGGACAUGGAUUCCGAGUACAUAUAUUCACAGAUGGGAAAUGCUUGUCUGCGCCUCGUGCAGGAAAUCCUUCAGAUACAGGGAAAAUCAAUUCAUGUUGUUGACCUGUAUAUACCCCCAACAUGGCUGCCAACUUCUAAUUGCAACCCUGCUGAAGGCUUGCCAGUAAACUCACAAAACAUGGAUGCUAUCGUCAUUCCUCUUUGGGUCCCCGGUCAUUUCAUGUUGUGUGUAAGUUGA